UAAUGUAAAUAAUUGUUCCUUUUCAUGUAAAUUAUUGCAUUUUAUUCACUCGUUAAUUUUUAAAUUGUUUUUUGUUUUUUUUCUACUCGCUCGAAUGUAAAUAUCAUACGUAAUCGUAAUUUCUCGUUGUAUAGUUUAAGUACUACUCGAAUGUAUAUAAUUUAUUUAUAUUUAUUUCUUAAGACCCUUGGUCUUCCUGGGGGAGCUUUGUUUAGAUAAUAAUUACGCUCUCUAUCGGUAUUAGUUACCAUUUACCUCGUCUGUAUAUUUUCCCUUAUCUCUCUAUCAGUCCACUAUCAUCCGAAUGUGUAUCAUAACGUGUAAAUAUAGCAAGUAUGCUUUAAUGAGUAUUUCUUUCUUUUUUACUCGAAUAUACGCCAAACAAUACUGGUAAUUGAUGUUUUCAAUAUUAUGUACUUGAUGAUAAAAGAUAUACGUAUCUACUAACAAGGGAACUACCUGAAUCGGCUGCAGGACCCCAAAUCCAAAAGUUCACAUGCUGAAGUUGAUUUCUGGAUUGUUGGUGAAUUUUUGAAAAUUGAAAAAUCCGAAAAAUUAUCAAUUAAUAUCAAAAAUAGAAAAUAUUGAUGAAAAAUGGGAUUUUUUCGGGAAGUGGUUCAGAUGGCGUCCCCAACUCAUUUACCACUAUCGAAAUUCGUAUAACCUCAAUUUCAGUCAUUUCGGAGUCUCCAGCGAUUUUUUAUUGUUUCUUCAGAAACUUGGAAUUGCUGUAGAACGGCUAAAAAUCAACUUUAGCACAAAUAACUUCAUUUGAGGCCUAUGUGGGCUGCCUUUAGCCAUUUUUUGCGAUUGUCGCGAAAAUCGGCGUCUGCCGGUUCAGAUUUGUAUUUUUGCCCAUUGACUUGUGCAAUGAAAAACUGCAAUUCGAUCUUUUGUGAUGCUAUUUAUCCUGAUUCAAGCUCCAACAUAAUUAGAGUUUUUUCCAAAGUAAGUACAUACAUAUGUGCCUACUUGGUACUGCACAAGGUAUGCCUGGUUCGCGAUUCUUCAAAAAAUUUACCCACUCUUCAGUGUAGUAGUUAUUGAACUAUCCUGACUUGAUAAGUAAAUUGAAAAUCAUUUUGUCCGAUACAUCAUACGUUAGAGUUUUUUUUAGCCAUAUUGAAAUGACUGACACUCAUAACACAUAAUUUGAUGUAUCUAUCCCACACCAACAUUACUCGGAUUUCAAGCUUAUCCUCUCCCCUGCCAUCCACCACCACAACUGUUUGACCAACUUGAAAUCAACCGCCCUCGAAAUAUACAAAUCAAUGUUCCACUCGUUUAUAUUAGGUACCUAGUAUACCUACCUAUGGUUCUAAUUUCAAAUUCAUCCUCACCUAUAUCCUCAUAUACCUAUACUUACUCAAGAAAUUUCUCUGUUUAAUUUGAAAUCUACUACUCCCAACCAUAAUACAUAAUUAUGGGAAUAAGUUCAGCAAAGUUCAGAAAAACAAAAUCACAAUUUUGAAUUUCAGCCAGUUUGUUUAAAAAUGUUUUUCAACUGUAAGUAGGUACAACCGCUAUUCACACAUUCCAUUAAAAAAAACUGAUUUAGGCAUUUUGAUUUUUUAUUUUUCAAAUGGUUCCAUCAUUGAAAACCACGCCUUGCCAUCUUUGAAAAAGAUGGUUCUGACCUCAAAAUACUGGUCACCAUAUUGAUGAUAAUAUUAUUAUUCACAAUAAUAAUUGGUGCUUGUUUUUUCUGCAAAUACAAGAGGGAAAUGAAAAAGCGAGAAACAGAAAUUGCGAACAUGACACGAAUUGUGAAAAAGAUCAUUGUUCAAAAACAAAUCGACAUUGACCAAAAUUUUCAAGAUAUUGUGAAUAUGCCUGUCGUUUCAAUUCAAAAUUCGAGAUGUGGUCAAGUCAGAAAUGGUAUGGUAUCUGCUGGCGAAUAUGAAAUGCCAUUAGAUGAACGUUGGGAAUAUCCUCGGAAAAACUUGCGCAUUAUGCAUACUUUGGGUGAAGGCGAAUUCGGACAGGUAGCUCAAGCUGAAGCAAGUAACAUUUUAGGAGAAGGAAGCGGAACUACAAUUGUAGCAGUGAAAAUGCUCAAAGACAACAGUACCGACUCAGAUAUGAUCGAUUUAGUAUCCGAAAUGGAGAUACUAAAAUUACUCGGUAAUCAUCCAAACGUUCUCCGACUCCUUGGCUGCUGUAGCCAAGGAGGAACCCUGUUUGUAAUUACAGAAUUUGCUCGCAACGGAAACCUGAAAAAUUUUCUACAGAAACACCGUAAUCAAUCCACCAAACUGACUGAAAGCACUCUGUUGGCUUAUGCUCGUCAAAUUGCACAGGGGAUGAGUUAUCUGACUGUUAUGAAGUGCGUUCACCGAGACUUAGCAGCUAGAAACAUUCUUGUAACAGCUGAACAAACGAUGAAAAUCGCUGAUUUCGGCCUCGCUAGAAAUGUGGCAAAUUCCGAGUACUACAGAAAAACAACAGAAGGUAGACUUCCUAUAAAAUGGAUGGCACCUGAAGCUUUAUUCGACAACAAAUACUCCACAAAAUCGGACAUAUGGUCAUAUGGUGUACUAUUGUGGGAAAUUGUAACCCUUGGGGAUAAUCCAUACCCUUCAAUUAAGAGCAUGGCUGCGAUGAUUCGGUUCUUAAAUGAAAAUCGUCGUCUGGAAAAACCCUUAAACACGAGUACAGAUGUGUACAAUUUAAUGCAAGAUUGUUGGAAAUAUGAACCCAGACAGCGCCCGAAUUUCUUAACUAUCGUUGAACAUAUAACAGAUUUAUUGGAGAAUAGAGAGGUAGUCAGCGAAUUUAAUUCAGAAAGUUCUGACGAAUCUGAAUUAAAAAGUGUAAUUUCCACAACAGAACCUACUGAAUUGGAUGAAUUGAUCACAAACCACUCAACUAAAGAGAACGAAUAUCUUAUAAGUUGAGUAGUGAAUUCAAAGUCAUUGUUGCAAUUUGGACUUAUACCUAUGUACUUAUAACUUCUAAUGGGAAGCAAAUCUAAUACAUUACUAUAGGUAUAUUAUCUUUAGAAUACAAAUUAAUACUUAUAAUGUUUUAUUUAUAUUGUCUCUGUAAUAUGUAUGAGUAAUAAUUAUAUUAUUUGUGUAAGCUGAAUUUCAACAAAGGGAACCUUUUGUUAAUAAGAAAAUGUAGAAUGUUGAGGAAAGGAGAGCUUUCCAAAGCAGGAUUAUGUCAUAGUAGCCCAGAUAGAAUAAAUUUUUGUUGAUAAGGUCUA